CUUCAAAACUCAUCCCACUCCCUCAUCGUCUGCGACGACAAUUCCAUCGAUCACUCAAGCAGGUCGAUCCUGCUUUUUCGAACUUUCAAGCUCAAGGGAGCGCAUUAUCCAGCCGUUCUAGGGCCGUUUAGUCGUCUAGAAGUCUGCGAAAAUGGUCAACUUUACAGUCGAAGAGAUCCGGGCGUUGAUGGACCGACCCGCCAACAUCCGUAACAUGUCCGUCAUUGCACACGUCGACCACGGAAAAUCGACUUUGACCGACUCCCUUGUCCAGAGAGCUGGUAUCAUUUCCGCAGCCAAAGCUGGUGAAGCUCGGUUUACGGAUACACGAAAGGACGAGCAAGAGCGAGGUAUCACCAUCAAGUCCACCGCCAUCUCCCUGUACGCACAUCUGCCCGACCCAGAAGAUCUAAAGGACAUUCCCCAGAAAGUGAAUGGUAACGAGUUCUUGAUCAACUUGAUCGACUCUCCCGGUCACGUUGAUUUCUCAUCUGAAGUUACUGCUGCUCUCCGUGUCACUGAUGGUGCCUUGGUGGUCGUCGACACCAUUGAAGGUGUCUGUGUCCAGACCGAGACUGUGCUCCGACAAGCUCUUGGUGAGCGUAUCAAGCCUGUUGUCAUCAUCAACAAGGUCGACCGCGCUCUCCUUGAACUCCAGGUCUCCAAGGAAGAUCUCUACCAAUCUUUCCUCCGAACCAUCGAGUCAGUUAACGUCAUUAUCUCGACCUACUUCGACAAGGCUCUUGGUGAUGUUCAGGUCUGGCCUGAGAAGGGUACCAUCGCUUUCGGCUCCGGUCUUCAUGGCUGGGCUUUCACUGUCCGACAAUUCGCCAUCAGAUACGCCAAGAAAUUCGGUGUCGACAAGUCCAAGAUGAUGGAACGUCUCUGGGGUGACAACUACUUCAACCCAAAGACCAAGAAGUGGACCAAGGUUGGUAACCAUGAAGGCCAGCCCCUUGAACGUGCUUUCAACCAGUUCAUUCUGGAUCCUAUUUUCAAGAUCUUCGAUGCUUUCAUGAAGGGCAAGGUUGAUGACCUCGUUGCGCUCUGUGGCAAGCUCGAGAUCAAGAUCACCAAUGAGGAGAAAGAACUUCCCGGAAAGGGUCUCCUCAAGGCCGCCAUGCGAAAAUUCCUGCCGGCUGCCGAUGCUCUUCUGGAGAUGAUGGUUAUCCACUUGCCAUCUCCCGUCACUGCCCAGAAGUACCGUGCUGAGACUCUGUACGAAGGCCCUUCGGACGAUGCCGCCUGCAUUGCCAUCCGCGACUGCGACCCCAAGGCCGAUCUUAUGCUUUACGUCUCCAAGAUGGUGCCAACCUCUGAUAAGGGUCGUUUCUACGCUUUCGGUCGUGUCUUUGCUGGAACCGUCCGCUCCGGUAUGAAGGUCAGAAUCCAGGGUCCCAACUACGUCCCUGGCAAGAAGGACGAUCUAUUCAUCAAGGCCAUUCAGCGAACUGUGCUCAUGAUGGGUCGCUCUACCGAGCCAAUUGACGACAUGCCUGCCGGCAACAUCAUCGGUUUGGUUGGCAUCGAUCAAUUCUUGCUCAAGUCUGGUACUCUCACCACUUCCGAGACCGCCCACAACUUGAAGGUCAUGAAGUUCUCCGUCUCGCCCGUCGUCCGACGCUCAGUCGAGGUCAAGAACGCCAACGACUUGCCUAAACUUGUCGAAGGUCUCAAACGUCUCUCCAAGUCCGAUCCUUGCGUGUUGACCAUGAUCACCGAAUCCGGUGAGCACGUUGUCGCCGGUGCUGGCGAACUUCAUUUGGAGAUUUGCUUGAAGGAUUUGGAAGAAGACCACGCUGGUGUUCCUCUAAAGAUCAGCGACCCUGUCGUCUCUUACCGUGAGACUGUCGGUGGUACUUCUAGCAUGACUGCCCUCUCCAAGUCGCCCAACAAGCACAACCGUCUGUAUGUUAUUGCUGAGCCGCUUAGCGAAGAAGUCUCCAAGGAGAUUGAGGAUGGCAAGAUCAAUCCUCGUGACGACUUCAAGGCUCGUGCUCGAGUCCUUGCCGACGACCACGGCUGGGAUGUUACCGAUGCUCGAAAGAUUUGGGCUUUCGGUCCCGACACUACUGGCCCUAACUUGUUGGUUGACCAGACCAAGGCCGUUCAGUACCUCAACGAAAUUAAGGAUUCCUUCGUCUCUGGUUUCCAAUGGGCCACUCGCGAAGGUCCCAUCGCCGAAGAGCCACUGCGAUCGGUCCGAUUUAAUGUCAUGGAUGUUACCCUUCACGCUGAUGCUAUUCACCGUGGUGGUGGUCAGAUCAUUCCAACUGCCAGACGUGUGCUCUACGCUGCUACUCUGCUGGCUGAGCCUGCUCUCCAAGAGCCCGUCUUCUUGGUCGAAAUCCAAGUUCCAGAACAAGCCAUGGGUGGUAUCUACGGUGUCCUCACCAGAAGAAGAGGUCACGUUUUCUAUGAAGAGCAACGCAUGGGAACCCCUCUGUUCACCGUCAAGGCCUAUCUUCCUGUCAUGGAGUCCUUCGGCUUCAACGCUGAUCUCCGUGCCGCUACCGGUGGCCAAGCCUUCCCACAGAUGGUUUUCGACCACUGGCAGAUUCUUCCUGGCGGUUCGCCACUUGACGCCAACACAAUGCCUGGCAAGAUCGUUGAGCAGACGCGUACGAGAAAGGGUCUCAAGCCUCAAGUUCCAAGUUAUGACAACUACUAUGACAAGUUGUAGAGCAUUCAGCUUGCGAGCAUUGAUAGACAAGGCCAAAUCCUUACGGCUCGCAUACCCGGUUUUACGGUCUUGACGCAUGGUACGAUGGCAACAAAAGCACUGUUUCGACACCAACAUAUGCUUGAAGCAGAGAUUCUGACUCUAGAAGGUUGUCGAGCAUUGGAAUGCUGGGGGGCAUAACAAGACGGAGGCCGACGGGUGGUCUAAUUGAUCUCGAAGGCUGGCAUGUCCCUUGGGACUGAACUUUCCUGUCUUGUCAUACAGAAAGCUCUUCCUCCAUGAGGUGUGCAGAUAGAAAGAUCUUGAACAAGUAGAUGACAAUUGAUGCACUGAUGAAUACCUGGUA